AGACGCCGCGCGAGGAAGGAGUUCGAGAUGUGAGUUCAUGAAAACCAGCGUCGUCUGCACAACGAACGCACGCCGACUGUCUAAGCAGUGGUACCUUACAGGUUUAUUAUUACUGUGAAAGCCAAUAGGCAGACUAAAUUUAUUUACAAAGUAAUAUUGGCAUUUCUUUACGUAAUAUUAAUAUAACCUCAUUGAUAGAUCAGCGUCUAGAGUAAAGACUAUCAAAUGCGCGAGUUGUUUACAUCUGUUGACAUAGCAACCAAUUGUGGCUGUCACACGCUUGCCAACCAGAUUUGUUUCUGGUCUCGCAAGGUCUUUAGACUAAAAUGUCGUACCGGGAACUAAGAAACUUCACCGAGAUGACUCGUGCUCUUGGAUAUCCAAGACUUGUCUCGCUGGAAAAUUUUAGAAAUCCAAAUUUUCCUCUGGUCGCCGAAAUCCUGCGCUGGCUCCUCAAACGGUAUGACCCGGACAUUGAAAUGCCGACUGAAAUAGACACGGAACAAGACAGAGUUAUUUUUAUCAAGGCGGUGGCGCAUACAAUGGCAACCAAGGCCCACUUGAAGCUAAACACCCGGAAGCUGUACAUGGCAGACGGAUAUGCGGUAAAGGAGCUCUUCAAGGUCACCUCACUGCUCUACGAUGCCAUGAAGACAAAGUCCUUUGACCCCGAGUCAGCGGAAGGAAAUGUCAGCACUACAGGCGACGCUUUGCCUUACGACGUGGCUUCGAAGCUCUCGGACCUGAAGCUUACCAGGCAACUGGCGUCGGAAAUAACGCACCAUGGUGCCCAGCUCUAUGACCAUCUGGCAAAAGAGGCAGAGCUCAAGGAAAUGAGGGCUGCAACCCUGGCCAAACAGCUUGAGAUCACCGAGAUUGAGAAGUGUCUGCAGGAUGCAACGCGUCUCGUCAUGGAGGAGACCGCACAACUUCAUCGCCGAAUGGAAACCGUGGCCGCCGACGAGGCCAAUCUCGAAGUCAAGAUCGACAAGAAGAAAGCAGACCUGGAGCGCAACCAGAAAAGGCUGGCCACCCUCCGUGCAGUUAGACCUGCAUUCAUGGACGAGUAUGAACGUAUCGAAGAGGAGUUGUCCCAGGUGUACGGUCAGUAUGUGGUCAAGAUAAGGUGCCUGGCCUAUCUCGAAGAACAACUCGAGGAACUUGAACGAACGCAAAAGAUCGAGUUCAAUGAACGUGAACAGCGAAUGCGUACCGCUGUACGGCUGAAGGAACCGAUCAGCAUUGCAGGACAGGACAAGGCCGAUGAUCCUGGAGCCGAUGACGUCGCUGCGUCCGACAACCAGGUUUCUGCUAGAAGACUCCUGUUCGGAUCCAUGGCAGGAGACCGGGUCGUGGACUCUGACUCUGACCUCGACCUGGAAGGCGAAGAAGACGGUUCGGACGACGGUUCCUCCGACGACGACCUUGAACUCGACCUUGAGAACAUGGGUGGGCUCAAACCGCCCACGAGACACACCCAGUCCCGUUUCGUCGACAGCGACAACGACUUCUAGACCGCCACCAUGGGAGAACAUCGAGUCACAUUAUGUUUUGUGCGUUUCACCUAAAAAUUAAUUGUCUCAAUUGGCACUUUUAACUAAAAAGUAUUUGACGAAACUACCCGAUCAGAAACACCCUUAAGGUAAUGUUCCCUAGCAACCUCAUCGGAAUGAGAGUUUGUUGCGUCAAGAAGCGGAGACUGCUCGUAUUAUUGCUAAAAAAGUACUAAAACCGAUUAGAUAACAGCUCAUAAAUGUAAUCGUAGGUAGUUGUACAUAGUGUGAUCUAUAGAAUGUGUAGCUUGUAAUCGGAGAUCAUGCUGGUUGGC